GAUGGUUCUGAACAUGGCAUACAGCAGCUGGCAUUACUGAUGACAAGCAUGGUGACCCCUGAUUACCAGCCACAGUCUUCACAACCUCUCCAUGGAAACUUGCCGAGAGGAGGAUGAGAAGAAACAAUACAAUAUAAUGACAUCUGUAGGGAGCGCUGCGUUUGCAAUAUUCCUCUCUAAUCUGCCGAAGAUGAUUUCUUCUAAAUAUAAUUUCCCUCCAGCCCACCCCUGGAGUACGAGCAGAUAACUAGCCGGCGUGCUCCGCUGUAUUGUCCUUUCCCGCCCUUUGAGGAGGAUGCUGUUUCCAUGGUAAAGUCAUUAAAAUGUCACCAUGGCAGCCAGCUGCGUUCUGUAAGGUGAGAAUUAUUGGUUGGCGACUUUCCUGCGGUUGCCAAUCACAACCGAUUCCAGAAUCACCCGGGAAACUACUUGGAGCUCACAACUAGAUGAUCCACGCUGGUUGAUACAGUAAUUCAGGAAUACUAUACACCCCCCGGACUGUACAGCCCAAAGAUGGAGAACAGGGGUCAGUACGAUACUGAUUUACAACUGAAGAAGCGCAUGGACCAGGUCACCGAUGAGUCCCUGAAUAUCACACGUCAUAUGGUUCAGCUGGUGGAAGAGAGUAAGGAUGCUGGAAUAAAGAUCCUGGUGAUGCUGGAUGAGCAGGGAGAGCAGCUGGAUCAUGUGGACAAGGGUCUGGACCAAAUAAACCAGGAUAUGAGAGAAGCAGAGAAGAACCUGAAGGAUAUGGGAAAAUGUUGCGGACUGUGUUCCUGUGACAGGCUGACGAACAGCGCUAUAAACAGAUCUGCCUGGGGGAAGUCGAAUGACGGGGUCGUCUCGGCUCAGCCGUCUCAUGUUGCUGAUGAAAGAGAAAGGAUGAUGAUGAGCGGAAGUUAUAUUCGGAGGAUAACAAAGGAUUCUCAAGAAGACGAAAUGGAAGAAAAUCUGAAUCAAGUUGGCAGUAUCGUGGGCAAUCUCCGAAGCAUGGCGCUGGAUAUGGGGAAUGAAAUCGAUAUCCAGAACAAACAAGUUGACAAAAUUAUGGAGAAGGUUGCGGUGAAUCAAGAUCGAAUACAGGAAGCAAAUAAUAAGGCUAAGAAGAUUCUGAAGAGCGUGUAACACACGUAAUACAUUCCUUCAGUAUGUUGGCCAAAACCACCUACUAGAGAAUUCGAGUGCUGUGAGAGUUGUUGUAUCUCAACCUUGUAGGAACAUCUUGAGGCAUGGGCUUUAUAAUGUAGAUGUACUUUUAUUCACCUUACCCUAGAAACACCUUUUUAGACCGUGGUGGGACAAUAAUUCGGUAACGUGGACAAGGGGUUCAGUACAGUGACCCCCCGACCUACGAUGGCCCCGACAUAUGAUGAUUUCAAAAUAUGAUGGCCUCUCAGAGGCCAUCGCAUGUUGAAGGCAGCAACAACAUACGAUGCUUUUGUAUUUCGGGGCCAUCACAUAAACGGCUAUCCGGCAGCGCAGACUGCUUCAGCUGCCGCCAGAUAGCCGUUUAAGGUGCCCCGUGUAAUCCGGUGAUGAUCACUUACAUGUCCCCGGCGCUUCGGACCGUCCUCUUCGGGAUCCCCUGCAUCGCCGUCGCUCUCCAUCGUCGUCAUCACGUCGCCGCGCACGCCAUCCCGUCAUCCAAUAGGAGUAGCGCGCGUAGCGACGUGAUGACGGCGAUAAGGAACGACGAUCCCGGCCAGCAGAGAUGGUCUGGAGCGGCGGGGACACCCUGGGGACACGGCAACAGCAAUGGACGGCGACAUCCAGAGCAGCGGUGACGGUCUGGAGCAGCGGGGACAGGUGAGUAUAACUUUCUAUAUUUAACAUUGCACGGAUCCCUCAACAUAUAUGUUGAGGGACCACUGUAUAUAAUAACCAGAUAUGGAAUUCUACCCAAACCUAAAAAGAGUAUCUAAAAGAGAGUGUGCACCUUACAGCCUGCUCUCAAUCCAAAAAGUGCAAGCCAAUGACUGUCUCCACUCAAGAGCUCCAUCUAAUGUGUUGUUAGGCUUUUCUAACCUGCUUAGGCCCCUACCUUCUCCUAAAUGGCCCUAUGCUUUACCUACAGUGAUUUUUGAGGUUAUAGUUCCUCUUGGGCCCUGGUCUUUAUGGACUUAAAGGGGUACUCCACUGGCCAGCAUUUGGAAGAAAAUGUUCCGAACG